AUGGGUAUGAUGAUUAAAUUUAAGAAAUCUAUGAUGCAAACUUUUGAGAUGACUGACUUAGGGAAGAUGAGAUUCUUUCUCAGCAUUGAGGUCUUACAAAAAUCAGAAGAAAUUUUUGUGUGUCAACAGAAAUAUGCCAAUGAUGUUCUGAAGAAGUUUGCAAUGUCUGAAAGCAAACAUGUGAAAAGUCCAAUUGUUCCAGGUAGUAAGAUUAACAGAGAUAUUGAUGGUGCAAUGAUGGAUGACACUUACUUCAAGCAAAUUGUGGGUAGUUUAAUGUAUCUGACAGCUACACGGCCAAAUAUCAUGUACAAUGUGAGUUUAAUUAGCAAGUACAUGUCCAAACCAACAGAGUUGCACUUGCAAUCUACUAAAAGAAUCUUACGAUAUUUAAAAGGAACUACUAGUUAUGGGAUAUUCUACAGGAAAGAAAGGGAAGAAAAUCUGCUUGCGUUCACAAAUUCUAAUUAUAUAGGAGAUAAAGAUGACUCUAAAAGCACGUUUGGUUAUGUGUUCUUGUUAAGUUUAGGAGCAGUGUCAUGGAUGUCCAAGAAACAACCAAUUGUUACUCUUUCAAGUACAAAGGUAGAGUUUAUGGCUGUUGCUGCCAGUGCCUGUCAAGCAAUGUGGACGAGAAGAGUUUCGAGAAAUCUAACUCAUUCUCAAGACAACAGCACUGUUAUUAUGUGA